CCCCGCCGCCCCUUCCGGCCGCUCACCUGGGACGCGCUCACCUGGCCGCGCGCGCGCGCGCCGGGGCGGCAGGAUGAAGGACCGGCUGGAGCAGCUGAAGGCCAAGCAGCUGACACAGGAUGACGAUUCCGUGGAUGUGGAGAUCGCGAUCGACAAUACGGCUUUCAUGGAUGAGUUCUUCGCCGAGAUCGAGGAAACGCGGCUCAACAUCGACAAGAUAUCAGAGCACGUGGAGGAGGCCAAAAAGCUCUACAGUGUCAUCCUGUCCGCACCCAUUCCAGAGCCAAAAACCAAGGAUGACCUGGAGCAGCUCACAGCCGAGAUCAAGAAAAGGGCCAACAACGUCCGGAACAAGUUGAAGAGCAUGGAGAGGCACAUUGAAGACGAAGAAAUCCGCUCGUCCGCAGACCUUCGCAUCCGGAAAUCCCAGCACUCCGUCCUGUCCCGGAAGUUUGUGGAGGUGAUGACCAGAUACAACGAGGCGCAGGUGGACUUCCGCGAGCGCAGCAAAGGGCGAAUCCAGCGGCAGCUCGAAAUCACUGGCAAGAAAACCACCGAUGAGGAGCUGGAGGAGAUGCUGGAGAGCGGAAACCCCGCGAUCUUCACUUCCGGGAUCAUCGACUCUCAGAUUUCCAAGCAAGCCCUGAGUGAGAUCGAGGGGCGGCACAAGGACAUCGUGCAGCUUGAGAGCAGCAUCAAGGAGCUGCACGACAUGUUCAUGGACAUCGCCAUGCUGGUGGAGAACCAGGGAGCCAUGAUUGACCGGAUUGAGAACAACAUGGACCAGUCAGUGGGCUUCGUGGAGCGGGCCGUGGCCGACACCAAAAAGGCCGUCAAGUACCAGAGCGAAGCUCGGCGGAAUCCAAUUUUUCUCCAGCCUGGAGUGGCCACCUAUGACUUUAGAUGGAAAUGGAGUUGGAAUGGCGCACCCGAGAGCGAGAGAAACCAUUCCUUUGUUUCCGUGUCACCAUCCCUGGACCUGACCCAGCCAACAAUUUAGCCCUGGAGGAACCCCGUCGCCCGAGCGCAACCCCGAGUUCUCCAAACCUUCUCCUGCCCCACCAAUGCCGAAGUGCCUUUUCUCCUGGAUGAUGAAGUAGCCAUUUGUGUUUCUUCAUUCUGACGUGUCAAAUUGGACACUGCACCUUGUCAUUCAGAUGUGUCAAAUUAGACACUGCACCUUGAAAAGCUUAGCUGAGGCCUUCCCAAGGUGCUGUAUUUUCUACCUCAUGGAGGAUUCUUCUCCUAGAAAUUGCUUUUAUUUGGGUGGGGUUGGGGUGAUUCUCUAGAAGAAAGUAAAGGGAUUCUUCUAAGUCUAGCAGUGAGAAGGCCUGGUACCUGAGACUUCUGCCAGGCAGGACCCUGAUCCUCAGUCUGUUUUUCCCUAUGUCAGGAAAUAAGAGGGACCGGCAGAUGUCAUUUUGGUCUCAGCAGUUGGGCUAUUUGAAAUUAGGCUUUAAGCUACUCUCAGCUUGGUGACCGGCCAACUUUGAUCUUUGCAUAUGCUGUAUUUGCUCAUGUUUACCCAGGGAGGCACCAGGUUGACCAUCCUUCGAGGUUACCAUCUGUUAGCAUUGAAAGUCUGGUUCUUGUUUCCAUGUCUGAGUCCUGGAAACCAGCUAGCUGU